AUGUGCCUUAAAUACAAAAACCAAAAUAUUUAAUUUCAAACAAAAUACUACAACUACUACAUAUUGCAUAAAAAACAAGUUUCAUGUAAACUAGCUUGAAAAAAACACGCUAUAUUAUACAGCUGGAUAAUAAAUUGUUAAGUGAAGACCUAUAUUAAAUAAAAAGCAAUAACAACAUAAAAAAUAGAAAUAUUUAAAUACAAAAUAAAGAAAUACUAUAAAUGCAGUUAUGAAUUAAGAAAACAAACUGGUUACUUUAUGUAAAAAAAAUAUUUUAUAAAAAAAAAAUGUAAGAAAAUUAUAAAAUAAUUUUCAAGUUAACCCAAAAAACAAAGCCUGAAGUACUUAAUUAUUUCAUAAAAAGUGAAAAACAAAAGUGUUUACUUAAAAUUAUCAUAAAACAAUUAACUAUAAAUUAAAGUAUGACUUCAACUGUAUUACAACACCCUACAACAAACUCAACAACAUCCACAGAAUCUUCAACAAUGGGCUGGUCUCAUGAUAAAUUAAGAUUUUCCUGUGUUGACAACAUUGGUUUGAAACAAUUAUGGAGACUAAUUGCACUGGAUACAAAUACAAACGCAACAACAACAAGAACAACAGCUACAUCUCCCAACAACACAACAACAACAACCGCAACACAAUCAGCUACAGCAACAAAUAAUGAUAAGAAUAAUAAAAAUAAUAACAACAGCAACAUCAAUAAUAACAAUAAUGAGAAUAUUUCAUAUGAUAAUUGUGAAAAUAUAACAGAUUACUUGGGUCAACGUGAUUUUGAUGCACCCAGCCGCAUGUCUUUGUUAAAAUUUCUGGCCAUUAAUGCUUUAGAAUUAAGUGCCCCAGCAACACCGGUUUUACUACAACAACAACAGCAGCAGCAACAACAAAAUAACAACAAGCCCUCGGGCUGGUUGCAGCUUUCGGGUCACCCUGAAAGCAUAGUACCCUGUUCCAGUGGUGUGGUACGCAAACGUGUUGCUACCUUUUCCGACUAUGAAGUUUUGGCCUACCAGCAGCUGUCACAAGAGUCUCAAACCUCUAAAAUUGUACCCGAAUUUUAUGGUUGCGUACAAUUGGAAACCCAAGAAAUGUUCAUAGAACUGCAAGAUCUACUCAAAGGCUUCAAAGAUCCCUGUGUUAUGGACAUAAAAAUGGGCUGUCGCACUUUCCUAGAAUCUGAAGUGGGCAACAAAACUUUAAGACCUGAUCUAUAUCAAAAAAUGAUUAAAGUAGAUCCCUCGGCACCCACAGAAGAAGAACAUCAGCAAAAGGCCAUAACCAAACUACGUUAUAUGCUGUUCCGUGAAGCUAUGUCCUCCUCUCAUGCAAAAGGUUUUCGCAUUGAGGCCUUGAGAUUGAAAGGCAAGGCACCCAUGAAAGAUUUAAAAACCGUAAGAACAAAUGAGCAAAUUGCCCAAACCAUAGAGGAAUUUGUGAGUGCCAAGAAGACGGUACAAAAGGAUCUGUUGAAACGUUUAAAGCUGAUGCGUUCGGUAAUAGAAAAGUCACAGUUUUUCCAGACCCAUGAAAUUGUGGGCUCCAGUAUUUUCAUAGUCUAUGAUGAUACGAAAGUAGGCUGCUGGCUAAUAGACUUUGCCAAGUCCCGGCCUUUGGCGGAGAAUGUUACCAUCAAUCACAGAAGUGAAUGGGUGCCCGGCAAUCGUGAGGAAGGUUUACUUAAAGGCAUGGAUGAACUUAUUAACUCUUUUGAAACCGUUUACAAUAAACAACAUAAUUCCCUAAGCCGAAAAUUUUUGCAAAUAUAAAAUUUGCCUUCAAUAUAGAAAAAAAAUCAUUUAAAGACUGAUCAUUUUUGUAAUAAUUUGUAUUAAGCAUUCAUCCCUUGUAAAUCUUUAAACACUUCACACUAUUGUCAUAAAAACCUAAACAAAUUAGAAUUUAUUAAAUUGUUUCAUUAAAAUAUUUAUACCUAAACCUACAUAUCUUUUUAUAUAUAUUUUCCAUAUUGGAAAUCAUGUUUGUAGUUAAUUGAAAGACUUUUUUUGUGUAAUGAAAUUUUUUAAACAAAAAAACAAAACAAAUCCUUUAAAUAGUAUUGUAUUUCAUAAUUAAAAUUUAAAACAAAAAAUCAUUAUUUUAUUAUUUAUUAAGCCCAUUAGCAACAAAAUAAUUGUUUGUUUACUUUUCGUUUAACUUAAUAAUGUUUACUUUUGGCAAUUUCAAAAACAAAAUGUUUAUUAAACAAAGAAAAAUGGAAAGAAGAAAAAAAACGAAAAAUCCAACAUUUAUACAUUUAUUCAUCAUUUACUUAAUUAUUUUGUUAAGUUUUAGUUAUAAUUAUUAUAAACAUAUUGAAUGUAAACACAAUAUAAAUGUAUACUGUAAUUAGAAAAUUAAUAUAAAUAUAUACAAAAAAUUUA